UCUCUCUGCGCAGAGUACUGUAUCUCCCGCGACACUCCCACCACUUCUGAAUUAUCAGAAUUCCCAGCAUCAGCACCAUCUCUUCCCCUUCCCCAAACUGAAUUUCACCAUCUUUCCUUCGCCUUUUUUCUCUUUUUACGUCACAGUAACGAAGGUAAAAAGGAAAAAAAAAUAAAAUCACUUGUUUACCGAGUUGAUUUAAAGGCGGAUAAGGAAAGAGCCUCCCAAUUAGUGAUCGAUUUCAGAAACGGGGAAAGUAUACGAAGGGCUUUCGAAGCAAGACAGCUCUUUUUUGCAGAGAGAGAGAGAGAGAGAGAGAGAGGCAGAUUCAUGGCCACAUUCUCUCACUCCUCUUAUCUUCUCUCUUCCGCUUAAUCUUUCUUUUUGGAGUUUCAGUUAUACUCGAUCGGAAGUAAAAACCCAGCCAAAAUACGUACAGUUGUCGUCUCUGGUGGCCGUAGCAGUGUGGGAUAAGUUUUUUUUACUGAGAUGGAGUUCGAGGAACAGGAGGAGCACGAGGAGGAGAUGGAGCUGGACGGCACUAGCUACGACUCGCUCGGGAACUCGGGUCGAUUUAAAAUACAGAGCUCGGGAGGUGGAGGAGGAGGACCUGACUUAGCCGUGGCUCAGCAGCAGCAGACAAAGAGGCCGAGGUACCGAGAGUGUCUGAAGAACCAUGCGGUCGGUAUCGGAGGGCACGCGCUCGAUGGCUGUGGCGAGUUCAUGCCCGCCGGAGCCGAGGGCACCCUCGACGCGCUCAAAUGCGCUGCCUGCAACUGCCACCGCAACUUCCACCGCAAGGAGACCGAUUUGCACGUCGGUGUCGGCUCUGCAGACCCGUACCAGCAGGUCCCAAACCAUCCGCAAUUCUCUCCGUAUUAUCGGACCCCGGCCGGGUACCUACACGUGGCGCCGCAGCUGCACAGGCCACUGGCGUUGCCGUCGACCUCAGGAGGUCACAGCAGGGAUGACCAGGAGGAGGACGUGUCGAAUCCGAGUGGUGGUCUUGGUGGGUCGGUGUCGAAGAAGAGGUUUAGGACCAAGUUCACGCAGGAGCAGAAGGACAGAAUGUUGGAGCUGGCGGAGAGGCUGGGGUGGAGGAUUCAGAAGCACGACGAGGCCGUGGUGCAGCAGUUCUGUAACGAGACUGGCGUCAAGCGUCACGUUCUUAAGGUGUGGAUGCACAACAACAAGCACACCCUUGGUAAGAAGCCCUAGCAAGAACAUGAAAAAAAAAAAUCUCUCUAUUGUAGUUAAGCCUAGGCAUUGAAGAAGGAUUUUUAAGGGCCUCUUUUCUAUUUUCUGUCUAUCAGUAUCUCUCUCUCUCUCUCUCUCUCUCUAGCCGUGCACAGAAAGAAAGAUUGGUGGUACGGGAUGACUUGAAGGAACUGGGAGUGGGGAAAUUGUGUUGCUGACUUUGCUGAGAAAUUCUGCGACUUUCUCGGGAUUUUAGUUGGGUUUUAGCCUUUAGGGUUUCCUUCUCGUCUUGUUUCCUCUCACCUUUUUCUAUUUAUAAGAAAGUCUGUCUGGAGGGUUUUCGAUUUAGGUGGUGCUGGUGUUUGAAUGGAAUAUGUUGUCAACUUAAUUGGAUUAGAAUAGAUCAUGCGCGCAUUGUUGUUGGACUA